AGGUCUGUCCCGGUUCGGGGACCACAGCAGGAUCCCGGAUCGCCUCGGGCCGCUUGGAUCCGCACAGACAGAGCCUCUCGUCCCGUCGCUCCAUCACUGUGAGGGUGUCAGUCAGAGACCUGCUGUGAGUUUGGAGGAUCCUUUUCAGUUGCGCUGAAGAAUGAGUGCCUACACUGUGACUCUGCCGGGCCCCGGGCCCUGGGGCUUCAGGCUGCAGGGGGGGAAGGACUUCAACAUGCCUCUGACCAUCUCCAGGAUCACUCCAGGCAGCAAAGCGGCGCAGGGUAACCUGAUCCAGGGUGAUGUCAUUGUUGCCAUUGAUGGCGUCAGCACGGAGGGGAUGACUCACCUGGAAGCCCAGAACAAAAUCAAGAUGGCCAAUUACAACCUGGCACUCACCAUGUCCAAGUCAAAGCAUCCCCCUCUGAUGGCACCCCCAAGGAUGGAUGCCAUUCCCAUGAUCCCGCGCCACCAGGGUUUCUCUCCUGCUGCUCCCAACACUGGCUUCAACCCCAGCAUGCUGAAGGACUCCACCCAUAAACCCAUAGAGGUGAAAGGUCCCGGCGGUAAGGCCACCAUCAUCCAUGCUCAGUACAACACGCCCAUCAGCAUGUACUCACAGGAUGCCAUCAUGGACACCAUCGCUGGCCAGUCGCAGGUCAAAGGGCACGAUAUCAGUUCAGUUCCAGGUACAGGCCAGCUGGUGGACAGUGCCUCUCCGGUCUAUCAGGCCGUUCAGGGCGCAGACAAGGACCAGGACCUGAACGAACGGGGCCGCAGCAGCACCAGCUCACAGUCCAAAUCCUUCCAGAUCCUGGCCCACAUGACUCAGAUCGAGUCCUCUCCGAAGCAGAAGGAGGAGGAGGAGGUGAUGAGGAGGAGCAGCCCAUACGGACCACCUCCACCCAUGCAUCAGGCUCCACCCCCACAGCACUACCAAACAAUCCCACAGCAGUACCAGCCAAUCCCACAGCAGUACCAGCCAAUACCACAACAGUACCAACCAAUCCCACAGCAGUACCAGCAGCCACCCACACAUCAAGCCCCGCCCACUCAGCAGAGCUCCAUUCAGAUACCAGUUGGAUCUGGUCCUCCCAAAGUCGUCAGCACUGCCUGCAUCUACCCCUCCCAGCCAGUUUCAGCUCCGCCUCCAGCUCUAGCUCCAAUCCCACCCCAACCUUGCCCUCCAGCCACCGUCCCAGCCCCACCUCUUGCUGCUCCGGCCUCCUCCAACAGACCGCCCUGGGUGACCGACAACAGCUUUGCUGAUAAGUUCGACCCCAGUAAGACCACUACGACCACUACCUCCAUGAAGGUCCAGCCGCUGCCCCAAGCAGCUCCUCCCCCACCGGCAUACAUCCCUAACCCCUCCCCCGUGGGAAGGCCUGCUCCAAGCCCUGCCCCUGUUAAUCAAAGCCCUGCCCCCUUUACUCCUGUAGCGAGGGGCGUAGCCCAGCGGGCAGAAAGAUUUGCUGCCAGCAGUCGUACACCUCUGUGUGGGGCAUGCAACAGUGUCAUCAGGGGCCCAUUCCUGGUGGCCCUCGGCCGGUCCUGGCACCCAGAGGAGUUUAACUGUCACUACUGCCACGUUUCUCUGGCAGACGUCAGCUUCGUGGAGGAGCAGAACAACGUUUACUGUGAGAACUGUUAUGAGGAGUUCUUUGCUCCGACCUGCGCUCGCUGCAACACCAAGAUCAUGGGGGAAGUGAUGCACGCUCUGCGGCAGACGUGGCACACCACCUGCUUUGUGUGUGCGGCCUGCGGCAAACCCUUUGGAAACAGCCUUUUCCACAUGGAGGACGGAGAGCCGUACUGUGAGAAAGAUUACAUCGCUCUCUUCAGCACCAAGUGCCACGGCUGCGACUUCCCGGUGGAAGCUGGAGACAAGUUCAUCGAGGCUCUGGGUCACACCUGGCACGACACCUGCUUCGUCUGCGCGGUCUGCCACGUGAACCUGGAGGGUCAGCCCUUCUACUCCAAGAAAGACAAACCUCUGUGCAAGAAGCAUGCUCACGCCAUCAACGUGUGAACCGGCACCUCGCUGCAGAUCCACCUGCUUUUACUCCAGUGUAUAACACACUUUAGAUUUCUGUGCAUUAUAAUUAACGUUUGUCUGAAAACGAUGCUGCCUGGUGAUAAUGCUUCCAAA